AUGUUCGUUUUGUUCGAUGAAAAUCUGAUUAUCCGUGAUUCCAGUUGGUUUCUACUAUCACUCGAAGUCGCAGCUGAAGGGGCAACGGAGCUCGCAGAUCGAGUCGGUGGAGCUGGAAGCUGGAGUGCGAAGAUGUCUGGAUCAUGGGUUGUGUCUCAUAUUGCAGAUCAUCUGAAUUUGAUAGUUUCGGAUUCUUCGUAUGAGAGCGAGGGAGAUCAAAGUGAGAUUAGCGUCCUCAAGAACCUUCAUGGUCUUUCCGAACAGUUCCCAGAGCUGCAGCUUGAGAUCGGAAGUAACGAGAAGAUUCUGAGGGCUCUCGUUCAUUUCCUCAACUUUGGUAGUGCAGAAGCAAAACUGUGGAGCUGUGCUGUGCUGGUCAAUCUUGCCUAUCGCUCCGAAGUGAAUAAGAUCAACAUCGGAAGCGUGGACGGCAUCAUUACCGGGCUGCUAGAAGCGCUCAAGACGAGAUCAGAUUCGCAUUUGAUUGCUGUCGAUAGAUGCCAGCAAGAAGCGUGUGGAGCGUUGAGCAAUAUAGCUUUCAGCAACUCUUCCAACAGUUUAGCGAUAGCCAAGACCCCGGGAAUGCUUCAGACUCUCUUGCAUAUCAUUGAAGCAGGUGGUUUUGGACACGAUUCACAGGAGGCCUCAACACAGGAUAUCGAGAUAGAUGAUGAUGAGAGUGGAGACUGCGUGUCGCUCGAUACCCGCGAGGAGGCAGCACUCGUGCUGAGCAACUGCGCAGCUAACAGCCGUGAGGCAGCGGAGCUCAUUGUUGCAUGCCCAGGAUCGAUCGAAUGCCUGAAAUCUCUGUUCAAGAAUAGCAAACCAGACGUGCUCCGGACAGCGGUGGGCGUGUUUGGUAACCUGAGCAAGUGCGAGAAGGCAGCGUGCGCUAUGCGGGAGACAAACGUCAUCGAGGAGGUUCUGCGUCCUGCGCUGGAAUGGCCAGUAGGUUGCCCAGAUGUGAAUUCUUCAGUUACAGAUAUGUCGGUAUACUCGAUGAAGGCAACUGCCCUCAUGGCGUUGACGCGCCUGAGCGUCUUUGAGGAGCUGAGGGAGCUGCAGGCUCAAAAGAGUGUCCUCUCGACCAUCGUCAUCAUCUUGGGCAGAGCUCUGAACAACCGCACAUGGGCGAGUAUCAACUGGCAGCUACCCAGCCCUCUCACUGUCCUCGCUCUCCUUACCAUCAACAAGAGAACGGCAGAGGUUCUGGCGUCCGAUGCACUGCUGUUGGAGCUUCUUGUGUCCUUGUUGCAGGCCUGGAUUAAGCAGAAGAAGACUUCUUGCUACUCGAGCCAGAGUCAUGCCCUUGUCACUGAGCUCGAUCUCGCUCUCACCAUCGUGACAUGUAUCCGGCUCAGCAGUCAAGUAGAAGCCUGUCACUAUUUCGUGAAAAAUUCUGUCCCUCGGAUGCUGAGGACAAUUGCGAGAAGGAAACCUCAGCUAGACGAUGAGGGCGUCAAGUAUCUCGAUACACAUCUCUGGGCGCUGGAGGAUUACUCGCUUGCCGUCAGCAUGGCGUUGCAUGUGAGGUUGGGCUCGAACCACGAUUGCUACCUUGGAAGGCUGGACGAAAGAACAGUUUUCAGCAUUCUACAGUACACUUUCAAAGAUAUCUCGUUCAAAUCGAACGCCUUUGCUGAGUUCUUGUCGACAUUGGGAGUUCCAAAGCAAAAGAAGAAGAGUAUCAAGAAAGCAAGAGUCGACAGUGAAGCAUUGCAUUACACACAGUGGAACGAGAGACCAAGAACGAGAUCACAGACACUGUCACGGCAACCUUGGACUAGGCACCAUGGCAGGAACCUCGGACCUGCGCACUGA